GAGGAGGAGUCUUGCUAUCUCCUGGUUCCCCUGGGGCGCUGAAGCCAGUCCAGCUAUCUUCUGGGGUCCUGUUCUUCCUCCCCUAAAGAAGGAGUAUUUUUCCUCCCCUUUAUCUCAUUCUAGGAACUGCCGCCUGUGUCGUUCCAUGGCCAGGGGCAGCAUCCAGGUGACAGCAACUUGGACAAGGCAGCCUAACACCUGGACAUAAUCAGGUCCUGGCUGCCCCUUGCUGCCCCAGCCAUGGCCAGUGACCCAGUGCCGGCCCUGCUGUGGGCCCAGGAGGUGGGCCAUAUGGUGGUGGGACGAACCCGGAAACUUCUGCUACAGUUUGGAGUGUUGUUCUGCACCAUCCUCCUCCUUCUCUGGGUGUCUGUCUUCCUUUAUGGAUCCUUCUAUUAUUCCUACAUGCCGACAGUCAGUCACCUCAGCCCAGCACAUAUUUCCUACAGGACAGACUGUGGUUCUGCUGGACCUGUUCUCUGCUCCUUCCCUGUUGCCAACGUCUCCCUGGUUAAAGGUGGACGUGAUCGGGUGCUGAUGUAUGGACAGCCCUACCGAAUUUCUCUGGAGUUGGAGAUGCCCGAGUCCCCGGUGAACCAGGAUUUGGGCAUGUUCAUGGUUACCAUUGCUUGCUACACCCGAGGGGGACGAAUCAUUUCCACUUCUGCCCGUUCCGCAAUGCUGCAUUACCGUUCGACGCUGCUGAGACUGCUGGACACACUCAUCUUCUCAGGCCUUUUCUUAUCUGGCUUUGCAGAGCAAAAGCAGCUUCUGGAAGUGGAAUUAUAUUCAGACUACAGGGAGGACUCGUACACUCCAACCACAGGUGCAGUGAUUGAGAUACAGAGCAAUCGGAUUCAGCUGUACGGGGCUCAGCUCCGGAUCCAUGCCCACUUCACAGGGCUCAGGUAUCUGCUGUACAACUUCCCCGUCACCUCAGCUGUCAUUGGCAUCGCCAGCAACUUUACCUUCCUCAGCGUCAUUGUGCUCUUCAGUUACCUGCAGUGGGUGUGGGGCGGCAUCUGGCCCAGGCACCGCCUCACCUUGCAGGUAACUAACCGAGAUAAGGAUGUCUCCCAACAGGAAGGCCAGAGAAGGGCCCCCAACAGACGGCCAGGGCUAGGGCCAAGAGGCCGGUCAGAGCUUACCAGGCUUCCAGAGAAAUCGCAGGAUGAUGGGGACCAGGCAGCCGGCCUUGGGCCAGGAAGUCAGCUGCCAGAGGAGAAAGGGCGCACACUGCAGCCUCUUAAUGAAGAGGGCCUGGAUCAGGAGACCAGCGAUGGUUCUGGCUCCUGGGAGGAUGCAGCCCUGCUCACUGAGGCCAACCUGCCCUCCACGUGCCCAGAAACCCUGGGCAGCCAAGAGCCUCCAGGCAGCAUGGAGAGCAUUUCAGGCCCUCCCCGCCUCCGGCCAGCCUGCUCUAGUUCUUGAGGGUGGGGGCUAUGGUCCUGCACUUCCAGCACUUUCCCUUGCCCUCUAUCUAUCCUUUCUUUUCCCCACAAUAAACUUUUUUCACACCA